GCAGUCCAUUGUCUUUCUCGUGUCCUGGUCGGCGAUUGGGAUCGGAACUUGUCGUUGACACCUUCCACUCACUGCUGCGAGCUCGAAGGAAGAGGGAAGAAGAAACGGGGAGGAAGGAAUGGCUCGUUUGGCGUUCUCCAGGAGGGGAUUACAUGUGGACAUCUCGCGAGGGCACCAAAUCGAUAGUGUCGGUGGGCGUCCGUCGCCAGAUCGGAGGCAUCGACAAACUCCGCGCAAGGGAACGGGGUUCCGGUGGUCGCACCUCCUGAUGCUUGGGCUAUCUCUCGUUAUUCUCGCGUUCUUUGUCCUCGGGGCUUGGCAACUUUCAUUAACGACCGGUGACGAGGGGCCUAGCGAGUUCCCUUCCAGCAUUACUGGCGGUAGGCGGCGACCGACUGGUAGUGUGAUUAGAUUUGUGCCGUCAGAUCUGGCGAGGAGAUUUGAGGAACAUCGCCUAGCUCUCUAUCGGCGGAGAUCCGAAAGUAGGCUCGGCCUUCGGCCACCAAGAUUGGCUCUUGUUAUAGAAGGUGCAUACAAGGAUUCAGAUCUGGUGAUGCUAUUUACUUUGGUGAAAAGUCUUAUGGAUUUGAGAUAUACAUUCAUGGUAUUCAUUUUAGAGGACAACACUUCCCAAUUCUUGUGGCAAAAUAUUGGCUGCCAAUUAACAUUUCUGAAUAUUGAAAAUUUAUCUUCUGUCGAUUGGUCAAAUUAUGAAGGUGUGAUUGUGAGUUCACUUGGAGGCAGGAAGGUCAUUUCAAGGCUUAUACAAGAGCCUUUUGCAUCUGUUCCACUCAUAUGGCUUAUUCAUGAAGACAUCCUUGGGGAGCGUCUCCCACUUUAUGUUCAGUUUGGCUGGGAAGGUCUUAUUGGUGAAUGGAGAAGUGCUUUUGCUAGGGCUGAUGUUGUUGUUUUUCCUGAUUUCUCCUUCCCAAUUCUGUACAGCUUGCUGGAUAAUGGGAACUUCUUUGUGAUUCCUGGGUAUCCAGUGGAUGUUCAGGAGACUGAGAACUAUAUUGCAAGUCACUCAAGAAAACAAUUGCGGAAAGAUUUUGAAUUUUCUGAGAGUGACCUGUUGAUUCUAAUUAUUAGUGACUACUUUGUCUAUGAUGAUCUAUCAUGGGAUUACACUGCAGUGCAUGCCUUAUCUCAGGUCAAAAAAGUUAGAGAUUUGAGUGGAAUAAUAAAAUUUGUCCUUUUGUGCAGUAAUUCAACAAAUGCCCCUAUCUCCACUAUUCAGGAAAUUGCUUCCCGCAUGGGUUUUCCAGAUGGUUCUGUGAGACAAUACAGGAUGGAUCAGGAUGUGAAAUGUUUUCUGUUGAUGGCUGAUAUUGUCCUAUAUUGGCCAUUUAACAGGGAACAAAGUUUUCCUCCACUAUUGUUGCUAGCCAUGUCAUUUGAAAUUCCCAUUGUUGCUCCUAAUUUUACUGCAAUAGAGAAAUAUGUUGUUGAUAGUGUCCAUGGUUUUCUUUUUCACCCCAGCAGACUAGAUACAUUGGAGAGAGCAUUCUCUCUUCUUAUAACAGAUAAUACGCUGUCAAAUAUAGCUCAUUCUGUUGCUUCACAUGGGAGGUCACUCUCCAUGGACAUGCUUGCUUCAGAAUGCAUUUCUGGUUAUGCUGAGCUUCUUGAAAGCAUUCUUCACUUUCCUUCGGAUACACUGCUUCCAUAUUCCACCUCUCAUAUUCAGCAAAAGACUUGGUGGUGGAACAUUGAGAGAGAAAUUAAACAAAAUAAUACUAUGGUAAAUAACAGUUCUUUAAGAUAUGAACGUUCCAGACAAAUAUCAAGCAUUGUAUAUGUGUUAGAGGAACAUUUUUUAAUGCGGCUGGUGGAUAAAGGCUCUCAGCUUGAGAACAAGACUUACAAAGAAGACUUGCCUAAUCAAUCAGAUUGGAUUGAUGUUUAUGAAAUGGAAGCUAUUGAAGACUUGGAAAGUUUAGAAAUUCAAGAGCUGGAUGAAAGAAUGGAGAAAACUUCAGGAUCAUGGGAAGAUGUUUACCGCAAUGCAAGAAAAUCAGAAAAGCAGAAAGCUGAUGCUUAUGAACGUGAUGAAGGGGAAUUGGAGAGGACAGGGCAGCCACUGUGCAUAUAUGAAAUCUAUACUGGACUAGGAGCCUGGUCUUUCUUACAUCAUGGAUCUAUAUAUCGUGGGAUAACUCUUUCAAAUAGAGCCAGAAGAUCAAAGUCAGAUGAUAUAGAUGCUGUUAACCGUCUUCCGUUGUUGAACAAUACAUACUAUAAGGAUCUUCUUUGUGAGACCGGUGCAAUGUUUGCUGUUGCAAACAGAGUGGAUAGCAUUCAUAAGUUACCAUGGAUUGGUUUUCAGUCAUGGCGUGCUUAUGGGAGAAAGGUUUCUUUGUCUCAUUUUGCUGAGAAGGUGUUGGAGAAGGCAAUUCAAGAACAAAGAGAAGGGGAUAUAAUGUACUAUUGGGCAGUAAUGGACAUGGAUAAAGAGAAGACAAACUCGAAACUUAAUUUCUGGUCAAUGUGCGACCAUUUAAAUGCUGACCAAUGCAGUGCUGCUUUUGAGAAUGCUUUCAGACUAAUGUAUGGGAUACCCUCUGGAAAUGCAGCCCUGCCCCCAAUGCCUCUUGAUGGUGACCAUUGGUCUAUUCUCCACAGCUGGGUGAUGCCAACACCAUCCUACCUAGAAUUUAUUAUGUUCACUAGAAUGUUUGUGGACUCACUUGAUAGCUUAAAUCAGAGCAACAAAAGCAUGAUUUCUUCUUGUGUUCUUGGAUCAUCAAUGCUGGAGAAAAGGAACUGCUACUGCCGGGUAUUGGAAGUGUUGGUGAAUGUCUGGGCGUAUCAUAGUGGCAGAAGGAUGGUUUACCUUGACCCCUUGUCUGGGGAGUUAAAGGAACAGCACCCUCUUGAGCUGAGACAGCUGUGGGUGAAAUACUUCAACUUGGAUUUACUGAAGAGCCUGGAUGAAGAUUUGGCUGAGAGAGCCGAUGAUGGCAUGCAUCCGCAUAACAAGUGGUUGUGGCCUUUAACUGGCGAAGUGCAUUGGCAAGGAAUCCUUGAUAGGGAAAGGGAGGAGAGGUUAAAGCAAAAGAUGGACAAAAAGAAAAAAACAAAGGAAAAGCUGUUAGAGAGACAUAAACAUGGCUACAAGCAGAAAUCCCUUGGACAGACAAAGAAAUCACAAUAGGAAACCCUAGAUUCCUUAUCCGCACGGAUCAAAAUAUAUAUUGUUCCUACAGUGAUCAAGAGGCCGACCAAAAAGGAUUGAUGCAGUCUGAGAAACUAUUUGAUUAGGACUUCGUACAGAAACCAAGUUGACAUCCUGAUACACGAGCUCUUCUUUCUCCUUGGAAUUAUCUUUGGAUGGAGCAAAAGGCGUGACAGGUUAGAUGCAUAGCAGCACAGGUUUCUCUAUUCUUUUAGAUUCUUUCUAGUCGUAGUCUCCGAGCCCCAGAUACUAAUUUUCUUCUGCCAUUUUACCAUUCUUUUUCACUGAUAAAAAUUUAUUGACUAUAGCAUUUUUGUACUAUUAAUGCCUUAUAACUUUGUUGUAAGUCCAAACUGACAAAUAUCAAUGACAAUAGAAUUCCAUUAACAAGUACAA